AUCUUUCUUGAAUUCUCUUCAAUUCCCUUCUAUACAUAGAGACCAAACUCGACAUAUUUCACUAACUCUCAUCUUCACCUACUGUUUAAUUCCUAUACUUCAAAUAUCUCAAAAUUUCAAAGAAUAUAAUCUGAAUUCUGAAACAAUAUAUGUAUGAAUGACGAGUUCAGAGAAAAAAAUAGCGAACGUCGUAGGUGCAAAGACGGCGAGAGCUUGUGACAGUUGUAUAAGGAAAAGGGCACGUUGGUAUUGUGCAGCAGACGAUGCUUUCUUGUGUCAAUCUUGUGAUUCUUCUGUUCAUUCAGCCAAUCCUUUGGCCCGUAGGCACGAAAGGGUUCGUCUUAAAACAUCAUCUCUUAAAUCAUCAGAUGAAUUUUCCAACUCAGUUUCAGUGCCAUCUUGGCACCGUGGAUUUACUCGAAAAGCUCGAACACCAAGGAAUGGUAAGAAUUCAAGAAAAGUUAAAAACCCUAUUCAACUCGUCGUCCCAGAGAUAUUAAGUGAUGAGAAUUCACAAGAUGAUAACGAAGAGCAACUCCUUUAUCGUGUCCCUAUUCUCGACCCCUUUGUAGCCGAUGAUGCUAUUGGGAACGAAUAUUCUAAAGAUCAGAUGAAAAAUGAUUUUAAUGAUGAUCAUAUGAGUAAGUUUAAUGGGAUGCUUAAUAUUCCAUCUGAAAUGGAGCUAGCAGAAUUUGCAGCUGAUGUUGAAAGUUUACUUGGGAGAAGACUUGAUGAUGAGGAGUCAUUUAAUUACAUGGAAUUAGGGUUAGGGUUUUUGGAGAAACAUGAUGAUUCCAUGGGUUGUUCUUUGGUUGAUGAGAAAAUUAAGGUUGAAAAUGAAGGAGAAAUGGAAGUUAUAAUCGAUCGUAGUAGUUAUAAUCAAGUUGAUUAUUCAGAUACGUUUGAUCUCAAACUCGACUGUGAUUCACCAAUUAUUACCUUAGAAGAAGAUGACAAAGGUGAUACAAAAAAUAAUAAGAUUUUGCUAAAUCUUGAUUAUGGAGGUGUUUUAAAUGCUUGGGCUGACCAAAGGUCUCCUUGGACUACUGGUGAGAGGCCUGAAGUAGAUUUCAACGACUGCUGGCCUGUAUGCAUGGGAAAUUGUGGAAAAAAUCAUCUAUAUGGAGACAUGGGAACAAUGACAGGACAUGGACCAACAGUGGAUGAAGGAAGAGAAGCAAGAGUAUUAAGGUACAAGGAGAAGCGGCGGACGAGGUUGUUCUCCAAGAAAAUAAGGUACGAAGUCAGAAAAUUGAAUGCUGAGAAGAGGCCUCGAAUGAAAGGAAGAUUUGUCAAGAGGACCAAUUUUGCACCAACACCUUUUCCUUCGCUUAAUAGAUAAUAAUUGAAAUUUUAAGUAGAGUCGGAUCUGGAGCGGUUUUUGUGAGUUCAACAGAAUUGAUUACUGUACGCUCGAAUUAUGUGAGAAUUUUUACAAUGUAUUCACAUGCAAAUCACGCUCAUUCUGAAUCUAUCGACUCUAAAGCGUAGAUUUUGUGGUUCGAAGGAUUAGGUUUACACACUUUUUGUUUUUGUAGAACAAGUAAACUUGAGAAGUGCUUUGCUAUGACAAUUUUGUCAUUUUGAUGACUUUUGGGAUGUAUAGUCUCUAAUUGUUCUUUUUUCAUUAUCGGAAAAGGUAUAAGAUGAAAAAUGGCAGAUGGUGAAAAGCUAA